AUGUGUACGGAAGUUGAUAGCAUGAAAUCUCUAAAGCUGUAUGUAGUCAGGUCUGGUCAUACGAUCCACCAGAAAAGACAAAUGGCACAAAAAUGAGUACAGAUUCAUACUUCAUAACGCACUUACUGUCCGUAUCUGUGAGUCUGCUCCUUUUCACGGUGCACUUUCUGGAGAAGCCUUAUCAUACGCCUCAAAGAAAGAGGGCUAGCUAGCUAGCCAACUGUACGAUGAGUUCCCAAGAUAUGUUGAAGAAUGCCUCCACUCUCGCGUCAUACAAUGUCUUGCUUCAGGUCAUGUUUCGUGUGCUCACCUUUUUGCUGAACGCAUUCACGCUGCGCUUUGUGUCCAAAGAGCUGAUUGGCGUGGUCAACGUCAGGUUGACACUGCUGUACUCCACGCUGGUCUUCUUGUCCAGAGAGGCCUUCAGGAGAGCCUGUUUGAGUGGCGGAACAGAUCACAACUGGAGACAAGUCAUCAACCUGCUAUGGCUGAUGUUGCCACUGGGUGUACUAUGGGCAUCUCUCCUUGUGUGUGUGUGGCUGUGGCUCCUGGAGGUUCCGGAUCCCCUGACUAUCCCCCACUACGGCCCCGCUGUGGGGCUCUUUGCCCUGGCCGCACUGCAGGAGCUGCUGGCUGAGCCUCUCUGGGUCCUGGCUCAGGCUCACAUGUUUGUCAGGCUGAAGGUGGUUGCUGAGAGCCUGGCCAUGGUGGCUAAGUGUGUUCUGACAGUGGUGCUGGUGGUCUCUGCUCCUCAGUGGGGGCUCUACAUAUUCUCUGCUGCUCAGCUGGUGUACACAGGGUUCCUGGUGCUGUGCUACUUUGUCUACUUCCUGCGUUUCCUGGGCUCUGGGGAGGCCAACAGGAAGUACUUCCCCCUGCAGCGUGUGGCAGACCUGCUGCCCUCCCGUGUUGAAGGAGAGCCUGUGAUUGACUGGACGUUGGCCAGGCUGACGUGGAGCUUCUUCAAGCAAUCCUUUCUGAAGCAGAUCCUGACGGAGGGCGAGCGUUAUGUCAUGACCUUCCUCAAUGUGCUGAGCUUCGGGGAGCAGGGCGUGUACGACAUCGUCAACAACCUGGGCUCAAUGGUUGCCCGUUUCAUCUUCCUGCCCAUCGAGGAGAGCUUCUACGUCUUCUUUGCCAAAGUCCUGGAGAGGGGGCGGGACGUCAGGCAGCAGAAACAGGAGGAGGUUGCCAUAGCAGCUGAAGUUCUGGAGUGUCUGCUGAAGCUGGUUCUUGUGAUUGGUCUGAUCAUCACAGUGUUUGGUUACGCCUACUCUCACCUGGCUCUGGACAUCUACGGGGGAUCUCUACUGAGCAGUGGUGCAGGGCCCAGUCUGUUGCGAUGCUACAGCUCCUAUGUGCUCCUACUGGCCAUUAAUGGAAUAACUGAGUGCUUUGUCUUUGCUGCCAUGAGCAAGGAAGAGGUUGACAGGUAUAACCUGGUGAUGUUGGCUCUGUCUAUCUCCUUCCUGCUCCUGUCUUACAUGCUGACGUGGUGGGCAGGGGGCAUUGGCUUCAUCCUGGCUAACUGCCUGAAUAUGGGCCUGCGUAUCCUUCACAGCCUGUUCUACAUCCACCGCUACUUCCUGUCAAGCCAGUGGACGCCUCUGUGCGGCCUGAGGCCCUCCCCUCUUCUGCUGCUAGCUCUGGCUCUCAGUGCAGUCCUCACUGCUCUCUCUGAGGGUGUGUUCUGUUGUGACGGAGGAUGGUUACUAAGGCUGGUUCACAUCGCCGUGGGAGCCGGGUGUCUACUGGGUGUACUUGUCACUGUCCUUCUCACAGAGACAAAACUUGUUCAGUUUGUUCGGACUCAGCUCUUACCCUGCUAUGGGAAGAAACACACCUAAACCUGCCCAGCAGAGGAGUAACCUGCCAAUCAUAAUGAGAGAGAGAGACAGGAUAAUCCGAAUGGCAGAAGGAUACAUAGAUCUGAACACAGUGACUUGGAGGGGAAUGUGGAAACAGCUGCAAUCCUAAGUGACCCUGUCAUGGACUGAGGGUGAAGUUGGAAUGAGCAGCUCACUGGCCAAGUGUGUGUGUGUGUGUGUGUGUGUGUGUGUGUGUGUGUGUGUGUGUGUGUGUGUGUGUGUGUGUGUGUGUGUGUGUGUGUGUGUGUGUGUGUGUGUGUGUGUGUGUGUGUGUGUGUGUGUGUACAGUAAGGUCUAAAAAUAUUGGCAACAUUGAUAAAGAUGAGCAAAAAACACUGUAUAAAAUAAAUACAUACAAAUACUGAGCUAUAUUGUAUGCUCAAAUUUUUGGGAAAUUAUAUUAUUAUAUACUUUAUUAUAUACUAAUACAAUUGCUCAGAGAAAGAGAUUUUGUUUAACAAGUAAUGUUUGUUUUUUCUCAAAAAGAUAGUGGUCAAUACUCCAGCACCCCUUGCGAGGAUAAUGGCACUGAGCCUUUUCCUAAAAUGUUUUAUGAGAUUGGAGAACACAUUGGGAGGAAUCUUAGACCAUUCCUCCAUACAGAAUCUUUCCAGAUCCUUGAUAUCCUUCAUCUGCUGUUAUGGACUGCCCUCUUCAAUUCAAACCACAGGUUUUCAAUGGGGUUCAAGUCUGGAGACUGAGAUGGUCAUUUCAAAACGUUGAUUUUUGUGGUCAAUUAACAAAAAAAAGUGAAUUUUAAUGUGUGCUUGGGGUUAUUGUCUUGCAGGAAAAUCCACUUGCAGCCAAGUUUCAGCUAAAUUGUCCUGGUACGGGGUAAAGUUCAUGUUGCCGUUGGGACCCCAAUGAUCCACCACCACCAUAUUUUACACACUUUUACUGCAUAUGCAUCUGUCUUUUGACACCAAACCCACCACUGGUGUGCGUGGCCAAAGAACUCUAUUUUCAGCUCAUCUGACCAUAGCACUGGUUCCAGUCCAAAUGUGUCUAGCAAACUCCAGGCGUUUACAUUUAUUGGAUGACAUGAAAAUAGAGCUCUUUUUGUGUGUACAGUAUGAGCAAGCACUGAAAACACUGUUUUACCUGCACAUUGUUGAUUUUUAAAAUGUAAACUACUUGAGAGUGGUAGGCUAUUUUGUAACCAAAUGAGGUUUUGAUAAAUAAAAGCAGGUGGAUUUUGA